UGCGGCGAGACGGAGCCCUCCUCCUCACCCUCCUCCUCACCCUCUGCCGCCGCCCCGGCAGCCGCGCAGCGGAGCAGGGCGCACUGCCCCAGCACCGCUCCGCUCCGCGCCCGCCCAGCCAGACCCACCGACGGACUCGCGGCUCCGUGGCGGCCAUGGAGCACCGCGGCGCCUCCCCGCUCCUCCUCGCCCUCGCCCUCCUCAGCGCCCUCUGCUGGCGGGCGCGGGCGCUGCCCCCGCGGGGCGCCGCCUUCCCUCCCGUCCCCCGAUUGGGAAACAGAAUGCCAUUUGAUGGAGCCAGUGAACCUGACCAUGCCCGUGGGUCAUUAAAGUCAGAAUCAGAUAUUUUGCAGAACACACUACCUGAAAAUGAGAAAUUCUAUUUUGAUCUGUCCAGAAUUAUUGAUAGAAAUGCAAGGCAUGCUGAUGGAAUUUUCACCAGUGUCUACAGCCAUCUUUUGGCUAAAUUUGCUGUGAAGAGAUAUCUGCAUUCGCUUAUUAGAAAACGAGUUAGCUCCCAGGACAGUCCUGUCAAACGCCACUCUGAUGCUGUCUUCACUGACAACUACAGCCGCUUUCGAAAGCAGAUGGCUGUGAAGAAAUACUUAAACUCAGUUUUAACUGGAAAAAGAAGCCAGGAAGAGCUAAAUCCUGCUAAACUUCGAGAUGAAGCAGAACUUCUGGAACCAUCCUUUUCAGAAAACUACGAUUCUGUAGAUGAGCUGCUGAGCCACCUCCCACUGGACCUCUGAAGAACACCUGGUAAAGUCUAUGACAAGAACAAGCUAUUUUUGAGUUCCACAUAGUAUUUCAAAGAGAUGACUUUAGUCAUCAAACCAGAACAAAUAUGUUGUGAAGUGAAAGUUGUGAUAUAUUUGUUUCUUACGUAAUAAAAGUUGAUAUUUACAUUGUAAAUAUUACUCUAGAGUUCUCUACUGAAAGCUGUACAUAUGGAUGCCAGUUUAACUCAUGAGAAGUCUGUGAGUCCAUAUGCUGUAAAUCCUUUACUUCAAUAAAUUCAUU